UCAAAACCACCCAAACAAACAAACCUAGAUAUCCACUGUAAUCAUAUUGCAGCAUCAUGAACAAAUGGUUUCUUUUCUUGUUCAUCAUUCUCUCCCUUCAGUUUCUGUUUGUGAUUGGAGAUGCAGGACAAAAAAUAGCCAACAACAGGCAAGAGAAGCCACCUUUUGCAAAGAUGGUUCUUGACACACUUACUACCUUGAAGAAAUCCCAUCAAACUUCUUGGGAAAAAAUUAAGGCCAUCGUCCAUCGCAUUCAGUUGCAGUUUUUUCCUCCAAAUUUAGAUUUUAGGGUUGCAGAUGAAGUGGAGAGUCAGGGUGGAGGAAAGAUGAAGGAGGCGGCCGGAAAAAGCUUUGAAGUUAGCAAAACGACAGCUAAGGAAUCUGCUAAAUCGGCAGCAAAUGUGGUGGGAGAAGCAGUGCAGAAGGUGAAGGAUAAAUUAUCUGAUGAGGAGGAGAAGAAGUCUCAUACUCAUGAAGAGCUUUAAACAAAUUUUGUUUUGGUUAAUUUCAGUCAAGGCAUGCUGUUACUUCUUGUUAACCUGUGCCAAUAUCUUUGUUUACAUCUUGUGAACUUGUACGUAAUUGGGCUUUUCUGGAACAUAUCAAC